AUGUUAGCUAGAUCAAAGUUGAUUACUCAAAAGGUUUCCACCAGAAACUUCCAAACUUCAGCCAGAAGCUUCAACGACAUUUUUGGAAGUCCAAAAUCCGGUGUUUACUCAAACAUUCCUUUCAAGGUCAAGAACAGAAAGAUUCCUAUUAGUUUUUGGUUCUGGGGUAUCACAGGUAGUUUAUUUGCAUUCCCAUUCGUUAGUACUUACUGGCAUUUAAAGAAGGCUGGUUCAUUCAUGGAAUAA